AUGACCAGCUAUACUUGUAACUCCUGUGCGCUACAGUUCUCUAGCACCCGGGACCAGAGGGACCAUAUGAAGACAGACUGGCACAGCUACAACCUAAAGAGAAGGGUGGCUCAACUGCCACCGAUUACAGAAUCUACGUUCAACUCCAAAGUCAAAACGUUUGCGGAACAAAAAGAAGAACCUGAAAGCAAAAGACAGCUGACCAAGAAAGAUAUCAGAAGGAAGGAGAAAGAGGCAUUGUUGGCCAAGAAAAAGGCUCUAUUGGAGCAGGCCCGUGAAAGUAUCAUCUCAAACAUGCAGAAGACUCAGGAAGAUGUCUCUGAGAAGCCCGAAGCUCCAGCUCCAGCGGUAGAAAGAGAAAAUGAGCAGGACAAAGAAUCGAGCGAAGAACCAGAGAAGGAAGAAAAUGAAGACCUCACUCCAGACCAACUCGCCGAAAAAUUGAUGCAAGAAAAAAUAGACAGUAAGGUAGACAUACCCUUGAACCACUGUUUAUUUUGCAGCAAAAGCGCUUCUUUCCCAGAUCUGGACGCCGCUUUGGAACACAUGUUCAAAAGCCAUGGGUUCUACAUACCGGAACAGAAAUAUUUGGUCGAUAAAGAGGGUCUAAUCAAGUAUCUCUCCGAAAAGAUCGGUCUGGGAAACAUGUGUUUGUGCUGUAAUUUUCAAGGACGUUCUUUGGAGGCUGUUCGUGCUCACAUGCUAGCCAAGGCUCACUGUCGAAUUCCUUACGAAAGUGAGGACGAAAGACUAGAAAUUUCUGAGUUUUACGAUUUCUCCAGCACUUAUGGCGACCAAGUUGAGGGCGACGGUAAUGAAGAAGACUGGGAGGAUGUUGCCAGCGACGAAGAAGGUGCAGGAAGCGAGGACGAAGGAGAGGAAGAACUGCCUCAAGAGUAUCUCUACAACGACGGUGCAGAAUUGCAUUUGCCAACGGGCGUGAAGGUUGGCCACCGUUCUUUGCAGCGGUACUACAGACAAAACCUCAAGCCAGAGAGCGUACUUACCGAGGGCCAGGGUACGCUAAUUGCGGCCGAAACUAGACAUUUUGCCACAAUCAUGGAUCCAAAGCAGGUAGCAACCCAGAAGAGAGUGUGGCAAACACAAGUAAAGGACAAAAAGACUCACGACAAGAGAGCUGCCAAGUUCAUUAACCAGCAAGCACAUUACAGGGACCAGCUCCUGCAAUAG